GAAGAAGAAGAAGAAGAAGCCGUUGUAGAGGAUGAAGACGGAGGGCACAUGGUCUGUUUUGUUUAACGUGUGAAUGUUUAAAAAUGUCUUCGGUCCAGCACAAGUUCAUGAACAAGUGGUUAAGUGCUGCAGAAGAAACAUUCACAGAGUUUAACGAAGUAACCGUCGAGUCGGAGGAAGAGAUGGACGAUCAGCGCAGACUGCUGGCUUUUUCCCGGACUCCCCAGAUCAUCUUACACCGAAUAGAUUGCCAACGACAUAACGUUUAGAAGAAGCUAUGUGACCUGGAGAGGAGCUCCACUCUGGACCAGGAGGAGUUAGAACCUCUGCAGGGGAAACAAGAACAGGAAGAGCCAGAUGAUCAACAGAGAAAAGAAGAGCAGGAGGAUCUAAAACAUCAGCAGAAAAAAGUGGAAGAGAAAGAAGUUUACUGCAGUCAGAGUGAAGAACAGGUUGCAUCAAAACAGGAGACUGAUACCUUCAUGGGGGCUACUGUUUAUGAGCAAACACACCACACUGAAUCAGAACCAAACGGGAACCAAGUCAACUUCCAGGAAGCUGCUGAAGCUGAGAAGAAAAAUCAGGAAAGAAGCAAACCUUUCUCAUGUGUCAUCUGUGAAAAACGUUUCACUGCCAAAUAUGCUCUCAAUGAUCAUAUUAGAAUUCACACUGGUGAAAAGCCGUUUCCAUGUGUGAACUGUGGAAAAAGUUUUAGUCAUAAACAGAAUUUAACUCAGCACAUGAUGAUUCACACCGGUGAAAAGCCGUUUUCAUGUGGGAACUGUGGAAAAAGUUUUUGUCAAAAACAGGAUUUAACUCGGCACAUGAUGAUUCACACCGGUGAAAAGCCGUUUUCAUGUGGGAACUGUGGAAAAAGUUUUAGUCAAAAGCAUAAUUUAACUCGGCACAUGAUGAUUCACACCGGUGAAAAGCCGUUUUCAUGUGGGAACUGUGGACAAAGUUUUAGUCAUAAACAGAAUUUAACUCAGCACAUGAUGAUUCACACCGGUGAAAAGCCGUUUUCAUGUGGGAACUGUGGACAAAGUUUUAGUCAUAAACAGAAUUUAACUCAGCACAUGAUGAUUCACACCGGUGAAAAGCCGUUUUCAUGUGGGAACUGUGGACAAAGUUUUAGUCAUAAACAGAAUUUAACUCAGCACAUGAUGAUUCACACUGGUGAAAAGCCGUUUUCAUGUGGGAACUGUGGACAAAGUUUUAGUCGAAAACAGAAUUUAACUCGGCACAUGAUGAUUCACACCGGUGAAAAGCCGUUUUCAUGUGGGAACUGUGGAAAAAGUUUUAGUCGAAAACAGAAUUUAACUCGGCACAUGAUGAUUCACACUGGUGAAAAGCUGUUUUCAUGUGGGAACUGUGGACAAAGUUUUAGUCGAAAACAGAAUUUAACUCGGCACAUGAUGAUUCACACCGGUGAAAAGCCGUUUUCAUGUGGGAACUGUGGAAAAAGUUUUAGUCGAAAACAGAAUUUAACUCGGCACAUGAUGAUUCACACUGGUGAAAAGCCGUUUUCAUGUGGGAACUGUGGACAAAGUUUUAGUCGAAAACAGAAUUUAACUCGGCACAUGAUGAUUCACACUGGUGAAAAGCCGUUUUCAUGUGGGAACUGUGGAAAAAGUUUUAGUCAAAAACAGAAUUUAACUCAGCACAUGAUGAUUCACACUGGUGAAAAGCCGUUUUCAUGUGGGAACUGUGGAAAAAGUUUUAGUCAAAAACAGAAUUUAACUCAGCACAUGAUGAUUCACACUGGUGAAAAGCCUUUUUCAUGUGGGAACUGUGGACAAAGUUUUAGUCGAAAGCUGAAUUUAACUCAGCACAUGAUGAUUCACACUGGUGAAAAGCCGUUUCUAUGUGGGAACUGUGGACAAAGUUUUAUUCGAAAGCUGAAUUUAACUCAGCACAUGAUGAUUCACACUGGUGAAAAGCUGUAGAACUAUUUUCCAUAUUUGUCCUAUGUUGAGGUUCAUUAUAAAAGUCAUUUAGAUGAAAACUGGAGGGCUUUCUUGUUUAUAAAGUGGGAAAAUGGUUUAAGUUUCUAAUUUGUUAAAUGUGAUAAUUUGGAUCUUGGCAUUUGGAUACUUAGAGAUGUACAAUAUGAAUUUGAAGUAUUGAUUUGCAUUAUUCUGUAUGGAAAGAAUGAGUGGGGUGAAUGAGGUUUACUUUAAUACAUUUUUAAUCCAAAAUAAAAUGUGGUGUUGUGCA